AUGAGCAGCAGGCUCCCCUGUGAUCCGCAUCCGAGGACGACGAAGAAGGCGUCGGCAUCCGCCGCGGCGGUGCAGCUCCUGCUGCGCCACCACGGCGCCGGCAAGGACGAGAGCAUCGAGUUCUUCUCCGCCCUCUCCGGCCAAACCGACGAGAAGGCCGCCGAUCGGCGGGGAAAGGCGAAGCUCAGGGCGGAGGUCGGGAAGCAUGACUAUGACUGGCUCCUGACUCCUCCGGCGACGCCUCUCUCGUGCUCCCCGGCGCUGAGCCGACUAACAAGGGCCACAUCGGCGUCGAACGCCAAGAGCAAUUCGCCGCUCUCCCGGGCACGCCGGGACAAGGGGAGCAGCUCGUCGCUCAACACGUCGGAGCUCGCAUCCUCGGGUCGCCCACCGCACGUCAGGAGGACUCUGUCGUCGGCGUCUUCCUCGUCGUUCAAAGCCACGAGCAGCGCGUCCGGGAAAUCGACGACGGCGACGAGCCCCCGCCCGCCAGCCGCUGCUGCCACCUGUCGGCCCCCUCCCCAGGAUAAAACACACGGACGACGGCUGUCCUCCGGCUCCGGUGGUGCCAGCCAACCCAAGGGAUCGUCGUCGUCGCGGCCACGCGCUCCCACGACCGGCGCCUCCAGCCCCAAGUCAACUACCAGAGCGGCGUCAGAGCAACCGGCGCUGACCAGACGUGGCGCCAACGCCGUGGCACGUUCGAGGUUCGCGGGCCAGCUGAGUCAUGAUGCAGUGUCAACGGCUCAUGCCGUGCCGCCCAGUAUGGUCAAGACGCGACCCGUGCCGGCGACCGUGAAGCAGAGGAGCCACGGCAACGGCACGGCCACAUCCCUGGCGACCGCUGCCUCCCGGAGCGCGCCGAGAGGGGACUUGCUAGCCAGCAAAAGAUUAUCAAGCAGCGGUGUCGACGGCCGAAAGAUCCACGACGAGAAGGCCGCACCCCGUCGAACCGUGGGGUUCGGCUCAUCCGCCGCGAGCACGCGCCGUUGUCUCGCGAAGAGCGACUCUCGGAAGCUCACGGUGAAGGAGGGCGCCCAGCAGCGGAGCGUCCGAUCCGCAGCGUCCGGAAGCCACCUAGGGUCCGCGGCCACGGUCUCGGACGCCAGGGGCCGCCGGCGGUCCACGGCUGGGAAAGACAACAAGGUCGCGGUCGCGGCCGCCGCGCCCGACGCGUUCCCGAGCACGCGGUACGACGCCAUGCUGCUGCGGGAGGACCCCAAGAACCUCACGUGGCUGAACGGAUGCGGGGAGGACGACGAUGACUGUGAAGACGGGAGCUGCGGCGCAGGCUUGGUCGACGGCUCGCUGGAGCCGUUCCACGUGUGA